AUGAUAACCAUCCAACUCUCCGUCUUCUUCAUGAUCAUCUAUAUGCUCAAGUUCUUGACAAUAACUGCACAGAGCAGCUUAACUGCUGUAGUGCUGGGCACAGAGUGGGUGAGUUUCCAAAGGCUGUCACCAGUGGAAAUGAUUCUCACCAGCCUGGGUGUCUGCUGCUUCUGUCAACUGUGGUCAUCGAUGCUGUACAACUUUUGCUCCCACUUCCACCCUAGUUAUGAAUUUUGGUACUUCAGGAUCGUCUGGGAAUUUACUAACAUUCUUUCAUUCUGGUUGACCAGCUUGCUUGCUGUCUUCUACUGUGUCAAAGUCUCCUCCUUCAGCCACCCCACCUUCUGGCUGAAGUGGAGAAUUGUGAGGUUGGUUCCUCGGCUGUUGCUGGGUUCUCUGCUGAUUUCUUGUGUGUCUAUCAUCUUUGCAGCUGUUGGGCAUUACAGCAAGAUUCAAUUAAUCUCCAAGAGGCAUUUCCCUAGAAACAGCACCACGACUGAGAGACUUGAGAUAUUCCUGUGGGAUUUUUCCAUGUGCCAGCAAGUGGUUGUGUUGAUUAUUCCUUUCCUCCUGUUCCUGGCCUCCACCGUCUUGCUCAUGGCCUUAUUAUUCCAACACCUGAGGCAGAUGAAAGAUCAUCACACCAGCCACUCCAACUCCAGCCUGGAAGCUCACUCUACUGCCCUGAGGUCUCUUGCCAUCUUCCUCAUUUUCUUCACCUCUUAUUCUCUGACCCUACUAAUCUCCAUCUGGGGUGUCCUUUUUAAUAAGGGGUCCUGGUUCUGGGCCUGGGAAGCUAUCAUCUAUGCUCUAGUCUCUAUUCAUUUGACUUCACUGAUGCUGAGCAGCCCUAAAUUGAAAAGGGUUUUAAAGGUAAGGUAUUGGGACCUAGAGGCUGCCUGA